AUGUUGGUUCCUUUCAUUGGGGUUUUUACUUUAUUAGUAUCUUUGACUAUGGCUCGUACUUUUACACCUGAAGAUCUAGUUUCACUUGCGCGUCCUGGUGGUGUUUCUCCUGAUCCUACUGGACACUAUGCAGUUUAUGCUGAAUCAAACUACAUUAUUGAUCAAGACAAGACUCAAAAAAAUAUCUAUCUUCUCGACUUGGAAAGUUCAACAGUAACUCCAUUAACUCAACCUCCUUUGGGUGAUACUCAAUCGGAACCUCUUUUUUUGGAUGCUGACCAUGUUGCGUAUCUUUGGAAAACUAAUAAUUCUUUACCUCAAUUGUAUGUGGUCAAUAUUCAACAACAACAACCCUAUGUCAUUAGUGAUUUCCCAGUGCCUAUUGAAAAUAUCAAAUUCAAUCGUCACCGUCAACUAUUGACUUUCUCGGCUUUGGUUUACAAUGAUAAGGAUACUUUACAACAAACCAAAGAAAAGGAUGAUCAAAUCAAGGAUACAAAACAAGAUACUGCUUUAGUCUAUGAUGAAUUAAUGGUUAGACAUUGGGAUACAUUCCUUUCUGAAAAGCAAAACAAUAUCUUUGCCGUGUCUUUGGAAUUUGUCAAUGGUCAAUAUCAAUUGAAAGGUGAACCUCGUAAUUUAUUGAAAAACUCUGGCUUGCAAUCUCCACUUUUUCCCUUGGGUGGUGCCUCAGAUUAUGUAGUUUCUGAUGAUGGUACUGAACUUGCAUUUGUUUCCAAGAUUACCUCUCGCGACAAUGCUUGGCAAACAUCUCAACAUAUUUAUACAUUAUCUCUGGUGGAUUCAAAUGAAAGUACUCCUGUGGCUCUGAAUGAUGAUAUUCCUGCUGCUAGCUCUACUCCAACUUAUGCUCCGAAAUCUGGUCGUCUUGCGUAUCUCCAAAUGAAGACACCUCAAUAUGAAGCUGAUCGUAAUCAAAUCACGAUCUAUGAUCGACAAACCAAAACUCGAGUAGAAAUUGCCAAGGAUUGGGAUCGUAGUCCAUCUGAACUGAUCUUUUCACCUGACGAAUCAACACUCUAUGUUGUGGCAGAAGAAUAUGGACGGGUCAAAUUGUUUGCUAUUGACCUUGCAACAGAAAAAGUCACUACUCUGACAAAUGAUCAUGCUGUAUCAGGUGUGUCACUUUUGGAAAACUCAAAUUCGUUGUUGUUCAGUGUCAGUUCCAUGAAUCAUCCUGCUAUUGCUCAUACUCUAGAUUUGGCCAAUGGUGAUCUCCGUCGUCUGGCUACUUCUGACAAGUUGAAGACUGCAUUGGAACAAUUCUCGCUGGUAGAACCUGAAGAAUUCAAUUUUAUAGGAGCACUUGGUGAUUCAGUGCAUGGAUGGUUGAUCAAACCUAAUGGUCUGGAUCCCAACAAGAAAUACCCUGUGGCUCUCGAAAUCCACGGGGGGCCCCAGAGCUUAUGGGCUGACAGUUGGUCAACAAGAUGGAAUUAUCAAGUAAUUGCUUCUGCUGGUUACGUUGUAGUAGCUAUUAACCCUCAUGGCUCAACUGGAUAUGGACAAGACUUUUGCGAUGCCAUUCAGAAGAACUGGUUUACUUAUCCUUAUGAAGAUAUCAUGACUGGUUUGGAUUAUGUUUUGGAAAAUUACUCUUAUUUGGAUGCCGAUCGUCUCAUCGGUAUGGGCGCUAGUUAUGGUGCAACUAUGGUCAAUUAUAUCAAUGGGCAUACUGAUCGUUUCAAGGCAUUGAUCAGUCAUGAUGGUAUCUUCAGUGCGGUUAAUGCUUACUAUACUACAGAUGAACUUUAUUUCCCUGAAAGAGAAUUUGGUGGUCCUGCUUAUGAUCCUGUUGCACGAGUGACUUACGAAAGAUUCUCACCUUCCAACUUUGUACAUCGAUGGAAAACGCCUACUCUUGUCAUUCAUGGUAAAGAAAAAGACUAA